AUGAACGUGCCGUUGAAAUAUGGCUCGGACACUAGCGGCCACCUCGAUCACAUCGCCGUAUCAGCCGUGCACAGUCGAUGGGCCAUCAAAGUCGGCGGUGCCUUCGUGGCCAUCAACUUGGCCACCCUUGCCUACAUCGUGGUGGUGGCAAGACAAAACACCGACACACUCAUGGCGAUUCAACGCGAGCAGCGACAUCAAGUGCCCGCUAUUCUCCCGUCGAAAUUUGCAGUUCAGAACGUCACGCCCCGUCGAGAUCAAGGUCAUCGCGGUACGUGCUGGGACUUCGCCACCAUCUCAACGUUGGAAUGGUCCUACCGAGACCAUGGACUGCGCAACGGGUGGCUUCAAAGCGAUGAAUACGUGGCGUUCUCUCAGCAGGCGUACGGCAUUGAAGUCAUGCGGUUGUGUACUGGCGAGCCAACUUCGCCCCAGCAAAAGGCGUGUCGUACGGCUGGCAGCAACAUUUCGAACAACUCGACUGAUGGCGGUGAACCAGCGUUGCUGUAUUACCUUCGAAAUGGAUUGAAGAACUCGUUGUUGCCGACUGCAGUAUGCCCGUAUUUCAAGGAAGGCCAUGACCACGACUGCCCCGGGCUAGAUGAGGCGCUCGCACUCAACCCCGUUCGUUUCAACGUCAAGAGCAUCCGCACACUGUACGACACGCCCUCAAUCAAGCAGCACCUUGCUCUUAACCAACAGUCCAUGAUUGUCGGCACCCCCGAAGUGAACGUGAACCAUUACUACCCGUGCAUUGGUCCAUUCUUGGCCGAUCGCCAUUGUCAGCUGGAAACGUGCACGUUGUGCCCGCCUUCGUUUGCCCUUACAACAUGCUGUGUACCAGUGUUCGAUGGGGACAACCCUAACAUGGAAGGGGAGUACUUUGCCCAUGCCGGCAUGGUGCUGGACGACGGUCAUGCGAUGGAACUCGUGGGCUACAACGAUGCGUUUCAAAACCACGAAGGCGAAGUGGGGGGGUUCAUCGUCAAGAACUCGUGGGUGCCAGCAGAAAACACGGGCAGCCAUUCGUUGCAGUGGUGGCUUCAAGAUGUUUCCGCGUGGGGCGAACGCACCAUUUGCCCCAACAGUUACAACCCCAUAAACUGGUAUGCGUGUGGGGGCGUCGAGGACGAACUCACGGCUUUUCCCGGUGCCAGCGAAGGCAUUGACGCGUGCAUGUCAAAUGUCACCCGCAUGUUUGCCAAGACCAACGUCCAGACCCUCGACUUGAAGUGCUCGGAUGCGACAAAAUGCAAAGUGAGCGACGACGUAACCUACUACGUCCGCAACACGACAACAUGGGGCGACCGCAUGACCCUCAUGUGUAUGUGGGAGCACGACGCCAAGACCGGCUCGGCGCGAGAUUUUUGCUUGAUUCCGAUGCUCGAGCAAAACUUGGCUGCAACCUUCAAGCCAAAGGUCGUGCUGGACAACGACCCCGAUCGAUGUGGGUUCAACUUUUUGUCAUACGAAGCAGUAACGCAAUACAAGACCCUGUUUGGCGACUUUGAGGUGGACAGCUUUGACAUCGAGUGGCAUCCCAGCUCGUACGUGGCAAAUGCUGCGGACUACCCACAUUUCGACUAUUCGCUGUUGAGAGCAUCCACGCUGCGCCAGCACCAAACGGAUUUGGACGGCCCAAAUCCCUACGCCAAAGUGGUUUAG